UGUUGGCCCGAAUUCGUACAGUUCCGCGCCACGCUCUGCUUUAAAUGGAGUGAUUAAGUAACCUCUAUUCGAGCGAUAAUACAGAGGAGUGUUGUUAAAGAUCUCAUUAAUAUAAGUGCUAUGUAAAUGUGUUUAUGUCAGUGUUAAGUCAUAAAUUAGCAAGAAAUACUUAUAAAUUAGCUCGUGUAUGAAGACCAUUUGAUUUGAAUUUGAGUAAUAUCCAAACACAACUAUGAUUUGAGCAGAUUUGAGGAUAACGUCGACGGGCGAAUGGUCCGCAGAGAUGGGAGGGCCGCGGCGCAUGUCAAGUGCGCUGCUUCUGCCCUUCGCCCUCCUGUCGCUGCCGCCGGUGAUUGCUUUCAACGCCACUGCCUAUCGAGAAGAAGUGGAAUCAUCUCUACGUUUAGUGCAUGCUGUGGCAACUGGAGCCACGGGGGCACUGUGCGUGACCCACAGAUACGGCCGAUUGCGGGCACCUUUGCACGCUGCACGCUGGGACACGGCUAGAGCCAGAGCUGAUUUAGCUGCCAACAUGCUACACCAGCUUGGCUUGGAAAACGCGGAGGUUUUGACGGCGGUAUCUCAAAGCCUAGUCAUGGGGGCGAGUACAGCGGAACGCGCAGUUGGAGCACGCGCUAUAGUUCUACAACCAGAUGGAAUUAUAGAGGGAUCGAUAGCUUGGGAGAGAUACGGCACGGGUGAACCAAUUGCCGUACCCGCGCCGCCGAGGGAUAACCCUCCUGAUCCCGAAUACCCAUGGUAUGUAUCUGCUUAUCAGACAGAAGAGCUUAGGUCGUCAAAGUUUAUGCCUUCGCCACCUGGGGCUGCUAUGGGAGGCUGGUGGACUUACCCAUAUUAUAGCUGCGAAUCUGAGCGCUGGUUAUUGUCAUAUACAGCUCCGGUUUCAAAAAUCCGCGGCUUAAGUGGAGUUGUUUCACUGGACAUAGACAUAUCUAAUUUAGAAAUCAAUCAAUGUGAGGCAGAGAAUGAUGAAGAAAAUGAUAAUCAAAUAUAUUCCUUCCAUGGAACUCAUAAAUGUCCCAAUGAGACUACUUUUUGUAUAUAUACACCAAACAGAGAAAUGAAUGCAAGACAUGCUGGUUGGGCAAGAGGGUCAUAUAUUUGUAAAUGUAGACCAGGAUAUUAUUCUUUACAGCAUCCAGAAGGUUAUAAUGGAUCUCUUGUUGAAGUUGCUUUUCAAGAGUAUGAAGAAGGAGGUUUAGAAAACUGGAGUGAACCUUAUGAAUGUUUGAAAUGCCAGCCGGGUUGUGAUACAUGUAAAGGUCCUAAGCCUUGUCUCGCCAAAUACAACUGGCCAUUCCGGAUAUCACUUCUCGUGAUAUCAGUGUCGUGUGCCGGGCUGACAGUAUGCCUCACUUUCUAUACGAGACACCAUCGUCGUGUCAAAGUGAUCCGAGUCGCAAGCCCCGUGUUCCUCUCAAUAACAUUGCUGGGAUGUGCUAUAAUGUAUAUGGAAAUGGCAGCAAUAUUCCCAGUACUUGACAGAUAUUCCUGUAUUGCCACAAAAUGGACUCGGCAUAUGGGUUUUUGUAUCACCUACACAGCUUUACUCAUGAAAACUUGGAGAGUUUCACUAACUUACCGAGUGAAGUCAGCACACAAGUUGAAGUUAACUGAUAAACAGUUACUGCAAUGGAUGGCACCAAUCCUUCUCAUAAUGCUGGUCUAUCUCGGUACAUGGACUCUAUCAUCACCACCAGAUGCUGAAGUUAUAACUGACGACAACGGAUUAAAAUUCAAGCAAUGCACAUACAACUGGUGGGAUCACAGCUUAGCUAUAGGUGAAAUUCUAUUUCUACUGUGGGGCGUUAGAGUCUGCUACAGUGUUAGACAUGCAGAGAGUCUCUACAAUGAGGCUCGUCUUAUUUCCAUUGCAAUAUACAAUAUAUUCUCAGUUAAUUCAUUUAUGAUUACAAUGCAUUUAUUAAUUUUACCUCACGCGGGCCCAGAUACGAAAUAUCUUCUCGGCUUUGUUAGAACACAAUUAUCUACAUCAAUUACAGUCCUAUUAGUCUUUUUCCCAAAGGUAUUUCGCGUGAUUCGAGGCACGGGAGACACAUGGGAAGGUCGGGCACAUGCCCGAGGUGUCCCCGCCUCCUCCUCUCUUAACGGUAUCGGCCUAGUGGCAGACGAGGCACCAGACUUGUACCAAGAGAAUGAGGAACUAAAGGAAGAGGUGCAAAAGCUCGCGGCUCAAAUAGAGUUUAUGAAGAUCGUACAGAUGGAGAUGCACAACCGGCAUUUACGGCCGAGGCCCGGCAGUUACUUCAGCCAGGCCCUGCCGCUCAGCCCUGUACAUGCCAACACCAACGUCCAGGAGGUAAGUGAGUGGGGUGGGCCAGUGUGACUGGUGGCACUAAGUGACAGCGGCUGGUCAUGGCCGGGGCCCGCCGCACGUCGCGUCACCACCGCAGUCGACCCGCGCCAUCCGGCAUUUGUCUGACACAUUGUCAUGACCCAACCGACAAUGUCUUGUCACUGCCGUCUGACACAACUGACAUUUUUUCGACAUUCCACUAAACUACUUUUAUUAUUUUCAGCACUUAUUUUGUUAACACCAAUCGUAUUAUUUACAGCUAUUAUAUGAU